AUGUCACCCACCUUUACCAAACACCAACUCAAUCCAACCCUAAUGGAUUUCUCAAAGUUACCCCAAUCUUUUACCAUAAAAGAUAGAUCCAACAAUGAAACACAAAAACACCCUCAUUUACAUAUGUAUCUGCAUAUACACAUAGAUAUCACAGAUCUAGAGAGCAAGAGCCUGGUUAAGAGAGAAAAAGGGGGAGGCUCAGAUAAAAGGCAUAUCUGCAUAUACAGAUACAUAUCACAGAUCCAGAGAGCGAGAGUGUGGCUACGAGAGAACAACGAGGGCUCAGAUUCGCCUUUUUUCAGACACAGGCUAAACCGCCAUGGCUGCAAAAACAGUCAGCCAUGUGAGAGAACAGAUAAAAAAGAAGCAAAACCCAUUUCUCUUUCUCUCUCAUAG